GCAUUUGACGUACGUUUUUCUUUACACGGCCUUUUAUUAAACACAACUAUUUACUUUUGUCAGCUUUGAAUUCAUUAUAUAAGUUAAACAUUGCAAAAGUAAAUGCGUCUUAUGCAAAGUUGCGAGUAAAGAUAUUUGAAUAUUAUUUACUCCAGCAGACUAGUUUUUAUUACUAACAUUUUUACAUGGAAAUUUCAAAGCAAGCUUUUAUUUAACAUAUUGCAAAGAAUGAUUGAAAAGAUUUCAACACCGAUUCUAAUAGCAAUACUCUUGUAUCAUAGUUACCAUUACUAUAGUGAUUGGAAAUUAAAUCAAACAAUAGCGUCAUUUGAAGCAAAGUUAGCAGCACAAAAUGACGCAAAGCUAACGGCAAAACCAAAACUUGAACCACCAAAAAUUAUGAAGGUCACAGAGAACAUAUAUAUGGCUAUUAAUUUUGCAAUUGCAAAUAGCAUUAUGCUAAUUGGUGAAACCGGUAUCGUUAUAGUUGACACAACUGAGUCAACAUAUGCUGCAAAAGAAAUCAAUAAACGUUUUCGAGAAAUCACCGACAAACCUGUAAAAGGUGUUAUAUAUACUCACAACCAUAUUGAUCACGUGGUUGGUACAAGAGAGUUUUUAAACAAUACACAAGUAGACAUUUGGGCUCAUCAUUCUUUACCUUCCAUUAUGCAUCAAAGUACUUUAAUUGUAGGCAGAGCUCAUAAAGUAAGAGCUUUGCAUCAAUUUGGAGGAAAACUAGAAGAUAAUCAAAUUCAUACCGUAGGUAUUGGACAGCGUGUACAAACCGACUCCUUAAAUGACGUAGUUAACUACGUUAGGCCUAACAAAUUUUUGUUCAAAAAAGAACAAGAAAUCGAACUAGCUGGAAUGAAAUUAAAGUUAAUACAUAUUCCUGGUGAGACAGACGACCAAAUUGCUGUUUAUUGGCCUGAAGAAAAUGCCUUGAUGUGCGCGGAUAACUUUUACAAAGCAUUUCCAAAUCUUUAUGCAAUUCGUGGAACACCUUUUCGAAGUUUGAAAUUGUGGUAUGAUUCAAUUGAUACAAUGAGAAAUUUAAAUGCGGAAUAUCUUGUACCAAGUCAUACCGAUCCAAUAAUUGGGAAGCAGAAUGUUUUUAAACACCUCACUGACUAUAGAGAUGCCAUUCAGCUGGUUCAUGAUCAAACGGUUCGGUUCAUCAACCAAGGAUAUCACCCAGAUAAAAUUGCACAUAUGAUAACUAUUCCAAAGUUUAUUAGGCAAUCAGAUUACCUUUACGAAAGAUACGGAACCGUUCGUUGGUCUUCAAAGAGCUUAUUUAGUGGUUAUAUGGGGUGGUUUAGUGGAGAUAUAUCUGAAUUAGAGCCUCACACUCCAACUGAAAAAGCUGAACGAUUAAUAAAACUAGGAGGGGGUAGCAACAAUUUGCUAACAUAUUCUGAAGAUGCUCUGAAUAAAAAUGACCCCCAAUGGUGUUUAGAACUCACCUCUGCGGUUUUAAGGGUUGACAAGCAAAAUCAGAAGGCAAAAGAGUUAAAAGUAAAGUCCUUGUUAGAAAUGGCUUCAAAACAAACGAGUCAAAAUGGAAGAAACUAUUACAUAACUGCUGCUAGUGUUAUUUUAGGUAAAGUUUCCUUUAAUAUGGAUGCAGAAGAAAAAUCAAGUAUAAUUCGAAAUUUAAAAUUGAAGGAUUUAUUCAUAGCCAUGUCCACCAAAGUUAAAAGUGAAGAAUGUUCAGAAAUUGAUAAAGUUGUUUUAUUUAUAUUUCCGGACGUUAGCGAAAGAAUUAAGUUUCACUUAAGAAAUGGGAUCAUGGACAUGAGUGGAGUGCACUUAAGAAAAGAAGAUGUUACUGUUACCGUUGAUUUAUCUACUUGGCGUGAAAUUAUGACUGGUGAUCGCAAUGGAUUGCUUUCAGUUAUCACAAACAGCAUUGUAGUUCAACCGUCUGCAUUUGAUCUUAAGGAACUAAUGGCUUGCUUCGAUAGCAAUGAUAAUUAUAUUUUGUAAAACAUUGAGAACAAAUAACAUAAAAACCUUAACAUAAAACAUAAAA